UUCAGUUCCGAAUAACUUCUCGCAACAAAGCCAUAGUCUUUUCCAAAAAUGUAGCCAAAAAAGCGUGGAUGUAAACAAAGAGCUGGUUGGGAGAUCGAGCUGAACUCUAAUGGUACAGUGAACCUACUAAAAUUAGAGAUCACAGAGAUCAGAUUUGAUAAAGAAGCAUUCGUCGACUGACUGCAAUCCGACUCUCAUUCCUUUUAUAAAUGGCGGAGGAGUUGAGUCCGCUAGAAACUGAGCUGGCCGAUCAGUCACCGAAUCCAAAUCAGCGGCGAACUGCAGUCACUGAUGAUUAUCCCGCGUCGCCUGGCACACCUGCAAGUUUCUCUUCCCAACCCCUUCUAAGAUCCUCUCCAACAAGAGCAGGUGAUCGGUAUAAUCACCUCAAUCAUGAUGACGACGACGGCACAAACGCAGACUAUCCUGUUGGUCGGAAAAAUUACUUCAGUGAGCAGGCUUCACCUCUGUAUGACGCUGGAUCCAGAACUCGUAUGAGCUCGUCUCGAACUCCUUCAGCUCUAUUCAACAGCCGCCUUCUCUCUCAUCCUUCAUUCGACCAGCUACCGGAUACCGAAUAUACGACGAACUCAGGAAGCCCACCUCGGUUAGCUUUUCACCGAAGUCCUGCCAUCAUCUGGUGGGCUGUCAAACAGCGAGCGAGCAGCGUUCUGCUAUAUGUACGAGGACCGACAUUCACUCGAUCCUUCAAAUGCGCCCUGGCAUAUUUUCUAGCCUCUCUAGUUGUUUUCAGCAGCCAUAUUUCAAGCAUAUACGGUGUCAGCGAUGGCAAGCAUCUUGCAGCCACAGCAUCUGUGUACUUUCACGCAGCACGGUCGGUUGGUAGUAUGAUUGAAGCGACAAUAUAUGCAGAGAUCGCUCUGCUUUAUAGUGCGGCUCUCUCGAGCUGUAGCAUGCUAGUUUCGAAUCUUUUUUUCAAGCUUGAUAUGAUUUCAGUGGGCCACUUUAUCGUGCUGGUCGUGUUCUGUGCUGGCGGGUUGGGUUCGAUUGCGUACAUGAAGCAGCGAAUGAACCGGCCAACAUUUAAUACUGCAUCUUCAUUGGCGUCCGUGUCUUUUGCAACAAUUCUGAUUCGCGAGGGAUCUAUUCAGCGGGGAAGCGUUUCAUUUCUGCGAAUGAUUCAGGUUUCGGCCAUCGUCAAUGGAGGAAUUAUCAUAGCGGUUUGUGUCUGCUUACUGCUAUUUCCAGUAACGGCCAUCUCGCAGGUCAAAUCGAGUAUAAACUACACUCUUUCUCGUUAUGAAGAGAUGCUCCAGCUUAUUACCGCUGGAUUCACCUCGGAUAACCCGCUGCGGAUGAAGAACUAUGAGAUUCCGCUGAAGGAGGUUCAAGCUGCUCACAGAUCCCUCGACGCUGCAAUUCACGAGGCAAGAUUCGAGUUCUAUAUGUGGGGCACUGUCGACGAAUUCAAGCACCUCAAGCGCUUAACACAUUCUGUGGAGGAUAUACUCUCGCGAUUGGGUGGAAUCCGAAGUUCUCAUAUGAUGAAACUUCAACUCAUGAAUGUUGAACCGGGCUAUCGGAAAAACUCAUGUGCUGAGCUGUUUAAUGUCUUUAAUCACUAUUGCGGAGACCAAAUGGCUAGAGUCACAGGAAAGUUCUGCGCCACUUUGGAGGGCAUGAAAUUUAAUGGAACUGGGCGUCACUCGACCAUCAAUCUCCCAGAAGACCAGAAGGCUCGACUUCUGGAGGCCAAAGAUGAAUUUGUUGCGGCGAGGCUAUCAGCGCUUCAUGAUAUAUACGCCAUGGAUCUCUUUCGAACUCAGGUCCAGACCAACCAUGCUGAAAUCGGCGCCUACCUGGAAGAGGUCGUGGCUAUAUGCGGUCAGUUCUCGUAUGGUUUGCUGACGCUAACCGACUGCCUGAUCGAGUCAAUAUCUAUUAUCGAAGAUUACAGCGCAUAUCUUGCGCAGUGUCCGGAGCCCUCAUGGGCAUGGCUUAGAUUCUGGGAGUUGUCUCCUGCGGAAUCCCCGGAGAGUGGUUCACAGGCAACCGUUGCGCAUCUGCCGCCUUCCUUUUUUCGUCUCUUCACAGAUGAAGAAGUUCGGAUAUCUAGCGCUUCCACGAAUGAUCCUUUUCGGCUUAGACUAUGGAGAUCGCUGUACACUCUUCGACGUAUCGACGUGCUUUAUGGAAUCAAGGUUGGCUUAGGUGCGAUGCUUUUCACUCUGCCUGCAUAUAUCCAAAAGACUCGUCCAUGGUUCAGCUUUUAUCGUAUGGAAUGGGGCUUGGUCUCAUUUGUGAUCGUCAUGAAUGUAUCUAUCGGGGGAACUUUAUCCGCAGCUUUUUACAGAAUUUUGGGUACCUGUCUGGGUACUCUUCUGGCGUAUAUAGCCUGGCAGCUCGCUCCUGGAAAUGCAGCUGUUCUUCCGUUCGUGGGGUUCUGCAUUGCUCUAGGAUGUUUCCAUAUCAUUUUAACAGGAAAACCAAAUGCAGUGUUUGGAAGAUUUAUCCUACUCACGUUCAAUCUGACCGCACUGUAUUCUUUCAGUAUAUCGCGUGAUGAUUUCGAUAACGACGACGACGACGAUGACGAAGGAGGACUGACGCCGAUAGUCGGUGAAAUCGCAUGGCACCGCUUGUUCUCGGUCACUCUAGGAGUUAUCUGGGGAGUGCUGGUCACUCUUUACAUUGCUCGAGCUGAUUUAAAGCGAAAACUAGGCACUCUUUGGAUCCAGAUGGGACUACUCUGGAAAGGUGAUCCUCUCCGAAAUAUGGCGCUAGGGAGAGAUAGUGCUCCUGAGGUUGCAAAGUAUAUGGGACUUGGUCAAGAGAUUCUUCUAUCAAAGUCUCUUCUGAAGUUGAACCCUCUUCUAUCACAAGCAAGCAAAGAAUUCCGGUUGAAAGGAGCCUUUCCGAAAUCAGAAUAUAAGAGUAUCAUUAUAUCGACACAGGGGAUACUCGACUCAUUUCACAUGAUGAACGAUAUGCUUCUGCGCCAAAGUGAAGCCGCCGCAUCAGGCAUGCGCAUCAUAUCUUAUACCGAAUAUGAAAGGAGAGAACUAAACAAUCGACUGUUUCUUUUGUUCUACCUGAUCUCAUCAUCCCUUCGUCUCGGAUUACCGCUCCCUCAGCAUCUACCCAACACUGAGCAUGCUCGGGAGCUAAUGAUAUCAAAAGUGAACGAGUUUCGACAUCUGCAAAUUAGCCAAGAAGCAACUAUCCGCGAAGAUGAGUUUAUUUUGGUAUAUUCUUAUAUUCUGGCGACGCUGGCGAUCAAUGCAGAGUUACUGAAUAUCAUUAACAAACUCCAAUGCAUAUAUGGAGUCAUCACUGACGAGGCGUCAUUGAUUGUGUGAAACUUCUGGAAGCUCGUCGUCCAUAUCAUGUUUAUCGCGAGCUUGCAUCAUUUCAAUGCUGUAUAUAUCUAU